AUGCCGUCUAUGAAACUGACUGAGAUCAAGACAGCUACUACCAAUAACUUCGAUGAUAAUUUAGUAAUUGGUUGCUGUGGUGACUGGAAAGCAUACAACGGGUUUAUCAAUGACACAAACUCCGAUCCCAAUCCCAAUCCGGUCCCGUGGAAACGGAGACUAAAGAUUUGCGUUGGAGUGGCGCGUGGGCACUACCUUCACACUGGGCUGAAGCAUACUAUCGUCCACAGUGGUGUGGAGCCGACCAAUAUUCUAUUGGAUGCGAAAUGGGAGGCCAAGUUGUCAUAUUUGGGGCUGUCCAAAAUGGGUCCUCCGAGUUUGUCAAAGGCUUUAGUUAGGAUCGAAACUGAUAGAGUUGUGGGUACUUACGGUUACAUGGAUCAAGAGAACGUUUGCUUUGAUUCAGUUCCCUGUAUGCUUGGCAAAGGCUGCAAGAUCAAUGUUAUUGAUUAG